CCGCCUCCCCGCUUCGCCGCCGCCGCCGCCAUGGCCGGGGUGGUGCGGACCCUGAGCCGCUGCCUCCUGUCGCCCGACUCGGGCGUCGAGAGGCCUUUGGACGGCGGCAAAGAGCGGAGCCGGGACAGCGAGCGCGAGGCCCGCCGCCGCAGCCGGGAGAUCGACGCCCUGCUGGCCCGCGAGCGGCGCUCCGUGCGGCGCCUCGUCAAGAUCCUGCUGCUGGGCGCCGGCGAGAGCGGCAAGUCCACCUUCCUCAAGCAGAUGCGCAUCAUCCACGGCCGCGAGUUCGACCAGAAGGCCCUGCUCGACUUCCGCGCCACCAUCUACGAGAACGUCCUCAAGGGCUGCAGAGUCCUGGUUGAUGCACGGGACAAACUAGGGAUCCCUUGGGAGUACUCAGAGAAUGAGAAGCAUGGGAUGUUUCUAAUGGCCUUCGAAAGUAAAGCUGGGAUGCCCGUCGAACCUUGCACAUUCCAGUUGUACGUACCUGCCCUGAGUGGCCUGUGGAAGGAUUCUGGGAUUAAGGAAGCUUUCAGCCGUCGAAGUGAAUAUCAGCUGGGUGAAUCGAUAAAGUAUUUCCUGGAUAAUCUGGACCGGAUUGGUCAACUGAACUAUUUUCCCAGCAAGCAAGACAUUUUGCUGGCUAGAAAAGCUACUAAGGGUAUUGUGGAGCACGACUUCAUCAUCAAGAAGAUUCCUUUCAAAAUGGUUGAUGUGGGCGGGCAGCGAUCUCAGCGCCAAAAGUGGUUCCAGUGCUUUGACGGGAUAACGUCUAUAUUGUUCAUGGUCUCCUCCAGCGAAUACGAUCAGGUCCUCAUGGAAGACCGGCGCACAAACAGACUGGUGGAAUCCAUGAACAUCUUUGAGACCAUUGUCAACAACAAGCUCUUUUUUAAUGUGUCCAUCAUUCUGUUCCUGAAUAAAAUGGACCUCCUUGUGGAGAAGGUCAGGAGCGUCAGCAUCAAGAAGUACUUCUCAGACUUCAGAGGCGACCCCCACAGGUUGGAAGACGUCCAACGUUACCUGGUGCAGUGUUUUGACCGCAAGCGGCGGAACCGCAGCAAGCCCCUCUUCCACCAUUUCACCACAGCCAUAGACACUGAAAACAUCCGCUUUGUAUUCCACGCCGUGAAGGAUACGAUCCUUCAGGAGAACCUUAAGGAUAUUAUGUUGCAAUGAAGGAAAACUGCCCUGUUCGAAUCUACUCUAGUUGUAGGCCAAAAAAUACUACACACGUGCAGUUCUUGGAAUGGGUUUCUGAAACAAACAAGAAGAUAUCUUUUCCUUCGCUCGAGGAAGCUGCAGAGUUAACCAGCCUGAGCACAGGAGCAAUGGGCAGAAGUGCUGUGAAAGUGGAUUAGCUGCUGAAUUUUAAACCGAAAACACUACUGACAUAAAGUGGCUAUUUUAAGUGCAGUGCCUUCUUUUGAACACCGAAAGACACUACCGCCUUCUGCCUUUCACAAAAAAAAGAAGAGAGAACCCUGACUGUUGAAAACCAUGUAAAGCGGGUUUUUUUGUUUGUUUUAAUUAAUGUCAUUCUGCAACGGCACCAGAACUCGCUCACCAUAAAGCCUUGUUUAUUUGGGGGUGCUGAACUCACGAAUGAAGUAAUAUAUUCCGUUCUCUUAACUGACAAAAGUUGUAUUUCAAGACUCCCAAUAGCAAGGGGUUCACAGUUUGUUCCAUUACGGUGGCUACAGUAUGGUUUUGACAAUAGCUGAACUGGGGCAUACAAAAGCGGCUCUCCAGCUGUUAAUCCAAAAAUCUCUCUUCGACUACCUUGGCGUGGAAAUUCAGGACUACUAAUGGGAUUAGUUGGCCUCAAGGGGUGGAAAUCAAAGACUCGGGCUGGCAUAAUACCAGACUUUUUGUUUUGCACUACACGUAUCAUGUUUGUUGCAUCAUGGGCAAGGAGAUUUCUGCAGUGUUAACAGCACAAGACCAGCACUCAGAACACCUCAGCACGUAGUGGAUGCUCCAGAGAUGCAUCCUCUUGCACCUGGAGAAAACUACAAAAUGUUCCUCCUCCUUCUCAGCUGGACGGUGCUUUUGUACCAUAGAUCGGAAGCUAACACUGCUCUUGUCCAAACAUUUGGUAGGUCAAUAACACUAAAGCCAGACCAUCUUGAGAUUUCUCCGCUUGACAGCUGCGCUGAAUCCGGACUGUGCUCUUAAUUAAUCUGCGAUGUGUUUUUGUGGGGGGGUUUAUGAGCCUGAACAAAUACACAUUUAAACCACAGUAAAUUGCCGAGUCUAAAGUUGCCACUUUGGGGGCUACUACAAGAGUAUAUGUGAAUUUGCAGGAGCCUAUCAAUGUUGAAGUGAAACGUUUUUAAUUCUGAAAUGUGUAGUUUAAAUAUGGGUGCCUUUUUCUGUGUGUACAGGUAUUUCACACUUCUUGCUUUGGAAUCUGUAUUAACCUGCCUUUUCAGCGCCGUAGUUGUCAGGGAUUUCUUUUUUAACAUGGCUAAGCUGUUGGUACUGUACUUGUCGUAAUAAUACCUAAAGGGCUAGUGUUACCUGUAUCACGUUGUGUAGCUAUGCCUCUUGGCAAUGCCUUGCCUUGAAUGGGAGGUGGGCGCUCCAGGAAUUAACAGCACAAGCAGCAUCAGUCUUUAAAGCAAAAGAAAAUCUGAGAUCCUUCGUGGAUUGCUCAAGUUUAUAUAUAAGUGUGUGUGUGUGUGUUAUGUACCAUACUUGGCCAACCAGAAAUUUUCUAUUCUUGUAGUGAUGUCUUGUGCACAAAUCAAGCUGAAUUUUGGAAAUGAGGAAUAAGUCAGUCUCCUUGUUUCAUAUAAAAUUAAAAUGUAUUACGGUCCCAAAGGACCAGUGACUACGGAACCUCCAGCCCUUCGGAGGUCACCUAACAUUGGGUUUAUUACUUAAUGUCACAUGUCUUUUUAGGACCAAUUGCUUUACUCUUUGAGCACCUGCUUGUAGAAAAUGAAGCAAAUUUCCGUGCA